AUGCUGAAAUGUGAGUUGAUGCUGGCUAAACCGCGGUCAUAUGUUGAGGCCGUGGCUCUUGCAAAGCUGCAUGAGCAGAAGAAUCAAGUGGGUGCAUUGAAUUUGAGACCGCACGGUGGUCGAGCAGCGACAGGAGUCUCACCAUCUCAAUUUGGCACUACAAGAAACCCUCCUACCCACGUGACAUCUCCGGGAAAGGCCAGCAACACGGCCACUGCUGCAGCGACCACCAACCAUCGUCGCUUAUCGGCGGCCGAGAUCAAACAAAGAAGGGAUAAAGGGUUGUGUUACUAUUGCGACGAGAAAUACUCUACGGGCCAUAAAUGCAAGUCUUCUUACUUGCUGCUCGUUGGUGGUGAAGAGCUAGAGGAGCUAACAAGAGAUAGACCAAGUGACUUUCCACUCUCAGACCAUGAACCACUCCAUUCUUCCCCUGAACUCUCUGAUGAUGAGGUGGUGGAGAUUAGUUUCAAUGCUAUGAUUGGAGCUUACCACCCAGAGACUAUCCGAGUGGCAGGAACGUGUGAAGGGUUGCUGGUUAUGGUGCUCGUUGAUGGCGGCAGCACACAUAACUUCAUGAAGGAGUCCACUGCCAAGAGAUUGAAGUUACCAUUGACUCCGGUGCAUCUGCUGAAUGUCUAUGUGGGCAAUGGUGAGUGCAUCGGGUGUGCUUCCAAGUGCAAUGAUAUCCCAUUGCGCAUGCAAGGGUAUGAAUUUCAUUUGGAAACCUUUAUCUUGGAUAUUAAAGGAGCAGACGUGGUGCUCGGUGCACAAUGGUUGAUGCAAUUGAGUGAUGUGACAAUGAACUAUAUGCACUUGACCAUGGAAUUUAAGGUGGGUGAUCUCACGGUUAAGCUGCAGGGUGAGAGGCUAUUCCAACCUGGGGCAGUGGGCAAUCGGGCUUUGAAUAAAAUGGUAUCGGCUGACGUCAUUGCUUCCUUCUUACACUUGCGAGUCAUUGAUCCCUCAAUUACAAGGCCACAAACUGAACAGGAUGAAGCUGUCCAGUUGUUGUUAUCUGAAUAUCAAGAAGUUUUCAAAGAACCAGAAACCUUGCCACCUCCAAGAGAAAUUGAGCAUCAGAUUCACUUACAACCGGGGGCUGACCCAGUCAAUGUGCGACCGUAUCGCUACCCACAUUAUCAGAAAGAAGAGAUUGAGAGGCUGGUAGAGGAAAUGUUGCAGUCCGGGGUAAUCCGCGAAAGUCACAGCGCCUUCUCUAGUCCUGUGCUGCUUGUACGCAAGAAAGAUGGCAGUUGGCGGUUUUGUGUUGACUACCGAGCCCUUAAUAUCAUUACCAUUAAAGAUAAGUUUCCCAUUCCCACUAUUGAUGAAAUUCUUGAUGAACUAUUUGGUGCUGCUUAUUUCUCCAAAAUUGACUUGCGUUCGGGUUACCACCAGAUUCGAGUUCGGGACGAGGAUAUUCCAAAGACCGCCUUCCGUACGCACCUUGGCCAUUACGAAUUUGUGGUGAUGCCUUUUGGUCUUACCAAUGUCCCUUCAACAUUUCAGGCAACCAUGAAUAAGGUGUUUCGGCCGUAUCUCCGGAAAUUUAUUGCAGUGUUUUUCGAUGAUAUACUUAUUUACAGCAAAUCCAAGGAAGAACACAUUGCACAUUUAAGAACAGCACUGUCAGUCUUACAACAACAUCAAUUUGUGGCCAAGCUCUCUAAAUGUACAUUUUGCCAACAAGAAGUUGAAUACCUAGGUCAUGUGGUGGGCAAGGAAUGA